CUUUGAAUUGAGAGUCCUGUGAUCAAGAGAACUUAUGUCUUCUCUAAAUCGCGGCUUGCGCAAGCCGGUUCCCUAAUAAUCAUAUCCUUUGUUUUGAGGAGGAUCUCAAUCACACCACAUAUGCAUAUGCGUUCGACUAAUAAUUUUCGAAACCGCAUUGAUCUUAACCAACCAAAAAUAUAUGUUAACAUCAAGUUUCAUUAAAAUAUGCAUACAAAGCUACUCUUCGGAGCUGAACUCACCGGCACUCAAAGCAAAUGACACAAAAAAACGAUCUAUCCGGCAACACAAAGCAAAUGACACAAAAAACGAUCUAUCCGGCAACACGGUCAGCAUAAUGUCUUAUAAAUUUUGCAUGAAGAAACAGAGGACCACUUUUCUUACUGAACGUAGGCGUCUUCGUGUUGACAUCCCGUGAACCGGCUUGCGCUCCCCACCAUAUUGAAAUAUUCCAUCUUAGGCUCUGUCGGGCUUUCUCUUGAGAUCCUCAACACUUCCCAUAUUGCUCCUUCCUUUACCAUCUCUUCCGCGUUCGUUUCUGCAAUAUCUCAAUCUCUAUAACCAUGUUAUAAGGUUACUUGAUUCAGCAAUUUUUUUUUAAUUAGAUGCACACCAAAAUGAUGACCGUCUUGUUGAUGCUUUUGCAAAGAGCUAAUUCGCUAUGCCUCUUACGUAGUCAUCGAACACGAACACAUCAUGUACGGUUGGAGAAUUGGAGAACGGCCACAAUAAAGCAUAAACAAUGCUGAAUCCACUGAAAAAAUUAACUCCGGUUUACGUGAAUUUAAGUUUCAGAAUGGCCACAAUAAUUUUGGAAAUUUUUUGGAGCAUUUAAAGCUUCCGUUUUUUAAACAUAGGUUCUCCAAAUGACACGUGUGCAAUUUUGUAAAUAGAAGCCUAUCAUGAAGCCACGUCAGAUUACACUUUUAAGGAAAUUUUUUUUAAGUGCUUCUCCUUUAAUAUAUAGGGGAUCCUUCAAAUUGCAUUCAAUAAUAGCAGGAUUUAAGUGAAAAAUAAGAAGAGUAAAGGGUCCUUUCUGCAAAAAGAAACCGUUGACUAAUUUAAGUUAGCCACCCUCGACAUCAUAGACUUUCUUUCCAAAAAAACAUCAUAGACUCUGUUCUCGUCAACCUUGAGCUUCAGGGGAGAAGAAGAUAAUGGCUACUACUACUUGGAUUAAACAAUAAUUAUUACUAGUUUUAACAACAAAACCAGCUCUUCUCUGCUUGUCUGUAACAAUGCGAAAGAGUCAACCUUUCUACUUUUUCAAUCCCUCAGUGUCCUUACAAAUACAGGAUUCGCCCCGCCGUAACACAUUAUACGAAAAGAGAGUUUGAAAAAUAAAAUAAAUCAUGGCGAUAGGACGCCAUGUCUUCGUGUUAUUGUCUGCGUUAGUGUUGUCAUGGGGACUGGAGAGAUGUGAGGCUACUGGGAAGUUCAGCUUCGAAGUUCACCACAUGUUCUCUGAUGCUGUUAAACAAAAUCUCGGGUUUGACAAUCUUGUCCCUGAAGAAGGAAGUUUGGAGUACUUCAAGGUCUUAGCCCAACGUGAUCUCUUCAGAGGUCGAGGUCUUGCCUCCAACAACGAAGAUUCCCCUCUCACUUCCGCUGAAGGAAACCUCACGGUUUUCGUCAGUUUCUUGGGAUCACUGCAUUACGCAAAUGUAUCUGUGGGAACACCGGCUACUUGGUUCCUUGUGGCUUUGGACACAGGCAGCGAUUUGUUCUGGUUGCCUUGCAAUUGUGGUGUUACUUGCAUCAGCGACUUGAAAGAUGCUGGCUUUCCACAGAGUGUACCACUGAAUCUAUACAGUCCCAAUACAUCUUCUACAAGUUCAAGCAUCAGAUGCAGUGACGAUCGUUGCUUUGAAUCCAGCCGCUGUUCUUCUCCUUCUUCGAGUGUUUGUCCUUAUCAGGUUUCUGAGUCUACCACCACAACCUCCACAGGGACAUUGUUACAAGAUGUGUUUCAUCUCGUCACAGAAGAUGUGGAUUUAAAGCCUGUGGAAGCUAAUGUCACGCUUGGCUGCGGUCAGAGACAGACAGGUCUGUUCCAGAACUUUCAAGCCGUGAACGGUGUUCUCGGGCUUGGUGUGAAGGACUAUUCUGUUCCUAGCCUUCUUGCAAAAGCCAAACUCGCCGCAAACUCCUUCUCGAUAUGUUUCGGACGUGUCAUUGGCGUUGUUGGAAGAAUCAGUUUCGGAGACAAAGGCUACACAGACCAGUCUGAGACUCCCUUCAUUUCUGUUGAACCAAGUACGGCGUAUGGUGUGAAUGUGACGGGACUAUCAGUGGGGAAAAAAGCUGUUGGGUUUAGCAUGUUUGCACAGUUCGACACUGGCUCAUCAUACACACACUUAAGGGAGCCAGCAUAUAGUGCUUUUACCAAAGCUUUUAACAGCCGUGCCUUGGACAUUCGAACACCAUCCGAUCCUCAGUUUCCGUUUGAGUUCUGUUACAACUUGAGUCCAAACGCUACAAACAUUACUUUCCCACCAAUAGAUAUGACUUUUGAAGGAGGGUCAGUGAUGAGCAUCAAGAAUCCUUUUGUCACAAUAAAGACCGAGGGAGGGGGCAGGAUGUACUGCUUGAGUAUUGUGAAGAUCGAAGAUCUUAGCCCUAACAUCAUUGGACAGAACUUGAUGGCUGGAUACCGCAUUGUAUUCGACCGGGAGAGGAUGGUUUUGGGUUGGAAGCGGUCUAAUUGUUUUGAGGAUGAAAGCUUAACAUCUGCUCCACCAGCAGAGUUUGGAGAUACUCCACCACCACCAUCAGAGUCUGAAGGUCCUUCACCACCAGAGUCUGAAGCUCCUUCACCACCCACAGAAUCCAAUCCACUACUUCGUUCUCCUCCGCCUCCUCCUUUGGUUUUUACUACUACACCACCUAGUGACUCCACAGAAAGUCCUGGCUCGAGCGGUGUAGCCAAUGUCAGCCCUCUUGGAUCCCUGCUUCUGCUAUCUCUUUUGGCCUUCCUGUGAUUCAUACAAAAGGCAUUGGUUUGACCAUUUAAUGUUUCAAUUUAAUAAGAAUCUUCGUUUGAUGAGCAGAAGCAAUCAAUAUUCAUUGGUUUGAGAAUUGUAAUAUUAUCUUAUCUCCCUGUUAUAACCAUGUAUGUUUUUUUUUGUUAUACUAAUGUUUUGGACAUGCCAAGUGCCUGGGGUAAAUGCGCAAAGGAGGAGAUACAUUGUCAUGACAAGUUUUAGAGGUCAGGAUUAACAAAUGAAAGAAGAGUUAAGGGGCAUUUUUUUCUUGUAAACUUAAAGAAGACGUGAAGUACAAUGUUGUUGUCUAUAAUGCUUUCCAUAAUAGCAGGAGUUAGGUGAAAGUUUGCUCGUUGAUUAGAGAAUACUAAAAUAGUAGGAGGUUUAAGUGCAAAAUAAGAAGAAGUUUAAGUGCAAAAUAAGAAGAGUAAAGGGGCUAUUUAGGCAAAAAGAAAGCGUUACUCUGACCUUGUCAACCAUACCAAUACUAUCCAGUAUCCAGCUUAUGAGAAGAGGAAGCAGCAAAGUAAUGGCUUACUAGUCCGAGUAAACAAGUAUUAUUAUUUCUAAGAACCAACUCAACAUCUCUCUGCUUGCCUGGAAUAGCAAAGUAAUGGCUUACUACUCCGACUAAAGUAAUGACCUUUUUCAUGCCAACGUAUCUGUGGGAACACCGGUCAACUUGGUUCCUGGUGGCUAUGGUCCUCUGGACACAUGAAAGACCUUGGGCUUCAUAUAAUUACUACCUUUCUCCUCACUAAAGCAGAAACUUUCUCUUUUCUAACGCCUCUUCUUCUAUUGUUUUUCUUAAUGCAACCACAUUUUGAGUAUGAUUGAUGCUUAACUAAGAUACAAAUCUGUUCAAAACACACAUAAAUACAUAAUGAUGCAUUUUGUCAACAACAUUUUUAUCCUCAUUAGUUUCAGUCUUGCCUUAACAAAAUCAAAGAUCAAUCAAACCACAUCAGGUGCUGAUACCCAAAAAUGGUAGCUUGUAGACUUAAACAUAUGGUUUUGCAAAAAAAAAAAAACUAUAACCUUUACAUGAUUACUCGUUUAUCUGGUUAAUUUAUUCAUAAGAAAAAAAAUCCACCGGCGAUUUCCUCCUCGGUUGAUGCUGAGGAUCCACCCACUCGAUCCUCUGAUUCCCACUUCUUCUUCUUAUGGCUGCGGCGGCGAGUAGUCAUUACCUGUUUCGAGCUUCAUUGCGCACGAGGAUAUUUCUCUCCUUCCUGGUGAUGAAUCCUUCCUUUUUCUCCACAUAAUAACGGCAAUGCAAACCUUCCAAAUUGCUCCGCCGAGGCCGGGACUCUGAUAAAGGCAGAGUCUUUGGCCUGCUUCUCGUCCUCCGGUUUUCUCCAAACAAGUUGCCUUCUUUGGAACCGCUGAAUGAUUUAUCCGAACGAUCUCAGCACUGCGGCAGGUACGAGCUUUUUCUGCUCCAGGAAUAGGAUAAGAGAAGCAGAGGUUGCACCAAUUUUUGCGAACGAUCCAUGCCUUGGUUCGAUCUUGUUUUGCAUUUUAUUACUUUACAACUUUAACAUCUACCAACUGCCUCUUUGAUUACUGAAUGUUUAUAGCACCUAAGCAGCUUUUGAUCUUGUUCAACAUGUUAGCUUAGCUUACCAAGCAAGCAUCUCCCUUGCUUGCUGCUACUUCAUUUUUCACUAGUAUCAUCGCUAACCCGUUAAUGCAGAAGCUGAGCCUUAGUGUACCAAGAGGAUCAGGAUUCGGCCCAAAGAGGUUGCUCUUAUGUCGUGUCACAAACCCUCAGCUCCGAAUUUUUUCACAGAAAACCGGAAAGAGAAGGUUUUUUUUAUCAUCUUGAGGAUCACAGCCAUGGAAACAGGCAAAGCUAUGACCAAGGAUGAAUCUAUAUAAGGAGACGGGGUGAUUGGCACAAGUAUAUAUGGCGCUGUGAUCACAGGAAUUUAUAACCAGACACAUAACACUAAUAGUUGGAAGCAGUUGGGGAAUCACGAGAGCAAGAAACCAAUACCAGCUUCCCUUACUGAUAUGUGAUGUGAUGCACAUUGCCUUUUCCGGCUGUUGUGAGAGAAAGCGGCAUUUUGUCUACAUGUACUGUGUGGCAAUUGGUUUGAUUGCUCCUCAGAAGUAGUACAUCAACAACUAUUUUUUUUUGUUUUCUGAGAAUCGCAAAAGAACCGUGUUUGCAUAAGCAAGAGAAUAACAUGGUAUAAGAAGCUUUGUUUGGUA